AUGCCAGAUGAGGCAAAUGUGUCAAGUUCAACCAGUUUCAAUGGGACCAACCGGUCGUACCUCCGGCAUCUUCGACUUGGCCAUAUUGGCCAUAACGGUCUAGACUCCAUUGUCAAGAAGGGCUACGGCAUCGGCAUCAACAUCACGUCUGUGCAACAGUGGGAGAUGAGUCGAGGGUGUGAUCUUGGCAAACAAACUCGAGUGAGUUUUUUGCAAAAGUCCCCAGAGAGUGCAAAGAAGAUGCUAGAAGUCAUCCACAGCGAUGUCUGUGGUCCUAUGCAAACAGCUUCGCUCGGUGGAAGCAGAUACUUUGUCACGUUCUUUGACGAGUAUUUACACUUUAGUGUGGUGUUCUUGCUUAAGAACAACUCUGAAGUGGCUUCUAAGUUUGCCGAAUUCGUCGCAUUUGCAGAGACUCAGACAGGCAACCGCGUCAAGCUACUUCGCAGUGACAACGGCGGAGAGUACAAGUCGCAUGAGAUGACCAAGCUAUGCAGCAGUCGUGGCAUUGUACAAAAGUUCACGCCUCCCUACACACCUCAACUCAUCGUAGUGGCAGAACGGAUGAACAGGACAUUGGUAGAAUGCGCUCUCUGCAUGUUGGAGCAUGCCGAAUUGUCCAAGGAAUAUUGGGGUGAAGCGGUUGUAACCGCUACAUUUCUAUGA